CAGAGGCGUUAGUUCUGACAGCAGGCAGCUGACAGCAACGAGCGAGAGGAGUGUGAUAAAAAAUAUCUCGGAUUAUUCUAGUCGCUUGAAAAGGAAGGUGUAAUACGUGCAGAAUCCGAACGAAACAAGCUGACGGUGUGCAAUUAGCAGCGAAAGAAAGUGCAUGCAUAGAAAAUGUCCAGUGAAACAGACAGCAGCAGUGAAAGAACUUGACCUAAUUGUAAUUAGCACUAACCUAUCGAACACGAAACGCAACUUUGAAGUUUCCUUGGCCAUAAUAAGCGAAGUGCACCCACAAAUCACGGAAGGUUGACCAACUGCGAGCCAGUCGGAAGGAGUGAACGAUCCGCGGAAGUGCAUUGCAUCGUGCAUAGAGAACGUGCAACUCGUUCCGAGUGUUCCGGUGUCCACAGAUUGGGAACAGUUAAGAGAAACAGCAAGGAAAACGGUUGCCACUCCAGGAAGGGUCACAGUGCGGCAAGACAUUUAGACCGGCUUUUGUGCGAGUAGAGUAUCAUGUCCGAGCUUCCGGUUGAAACCAAACGAUUAAGUCCCAUCGACGAGCUAAUAUCCCCUACCGUUCGCGUUAUACGGGAAGUGUACGAGGGUGAAAAUGCACACGAAAUGUUCCAGACCGACCUCAACAAGGCACUGUUCGAUAAGGUGCGGUUCAUCGUCAUCGAACCGACAAGACUCGGUGAGGAAACGGAACGAUGGAUUGCGGUCGGCAACUGUCUGCACAAAACCUCCCUAAUUAGUGGAGCGGCAUCGAUAGCCAUUAGUCUCAUCUGGCGGGAAAAGCUCACAAUCUACAGUGCUUCCUUCUGCGCCGUAUCGAUGUUCUGCACAAGCCUCUAUGCCAUCUGUUGGACCUGUGAUCCGUGUGUAGAGUAUCAGGUGGAGCGAAAACAGAGAAACCUCAUGAAAAUCCCGGUACCGGAAGGUGCAUCCUCGCCAGUGGUAUUGGUACACACAGGUAACCGACUUGCCACGUAUAGCCACCGAAUAAUGACCGCACUAGCAACGUCCGUGUGCGUGUGGACCGUGUAUAGGGCACUGAAAUAGGAGCGCUAAAAACGAUCGCACCUUUAAUAAGCCAACCUUUGUCCAGACGCGUUUUGACGGUGGCGUUCUUAUUUCAAUAACCGUGCAUCACCUGUAGGAUAAAUAGAAAACGUUGGUGGAAAUAUAUCACUGCCUUAUGCAGGGUGGUGAACGAGCAUCAGCACUAGAACAAAACAAUCGGAAGAAAGACCAGCCAGACGUACGUACGUACCACCUUUUAUCUUGUAGGAGUAGUGUGUAAAAUAUUCUUUCUUCCCUCGCGAAAUAACAAUGUGAUGGCUGAUUGUUAGUUGCUCAAAAACCAAAUCACAUGUAUGUGCCGUUGAGAGAGAUAGUGAGAACACCGUCAAGAGAAUAACGAAGGAAACAGGAAGGAUAUGUAAUCGAUCUUGACAGGCAGCAUGCAGAAGGAACAUGUCCUUGCUCGUCUGCGUCCUGUUAGUUGUGACUGAUAUUAUGUAUGUUGUGAAGCUGAUAUCGCUUUCGGGCAGAGUCAAACGAUAUCGAACGAUCUUUGGCUUGGCUUGCCAAAGCGAUCUAGGAAGUUAAGAUCAAAGAUCACCAAAAACCCGUUUGUUGAGAAAGUAGGUAACGGAAAUGUUUGCAUUUUUUUUUUCUGUUCACAUGUGAAAACAUUAAUUUAUAGCAAAAAAAUGGUGGUUUAGCUUUUUGUGGGUUACUGUAGGUCUGUUUUCUUUUAGCUUUUAACAUGCAUUGUUUUUGUAUUUUUGUUUGCAUCUCGAACAUAAUUUCUUUUUGAAUUGGAAGAGAAAGGCGAAUACGUUUAGGAAGAAUGAUACAACAAAAAGACGCUUUUAUUGUAUUGCCCUGUGUUGUGCUGCGAGGAAAUCGUUUGGCGAAAAGGAAAAGGCUGAUUAGAAGAGGUUCAGACGUUCGGGUGGAUAGGGGAUGGAAAAAAAACUAAACCUAUGAGAGACCGAUAGGGAAAGAGAAUCAAUUUAGUAGCUGCAUUUAAGACGAUAAGGAGCCAAAUGGUAGUAUUUCAAACGACAAUUGUUUACAGCGUGAAACAAGCUCACGUGCGUGCACGUGUACGACAAGCAAAAUGGAAAAAAUGAAAGAGUUGAACACAAAAGUAGUUCCAAUUGGAGUCGUUUGAUCGGGCUGUUAUGUUUGCUGAUGUAACUACAAAAGCAUAAUCAACACCAUCAGAGCGCUUUUGUUCGUGAGAAGUAGAAAAAUGGACGAAUAAACUAGAUUGGAACGAACUGUUGAUUUCACUAGCCAGGUUGGAAGUGUUAAGAACAAUGUAAAAGCAUUUAAAAUGCAGUCAUCGUGUGUAGUUACGUUUCUUUUAUUUAUGCUGCAAUCGAAUGGGUAAAUGUACUUUCCGGGGAACUAAAUUUCAAAGGCAUUCACGAAUAAGAACCGCAAAAGUUGUUAAAAAUGUAGUACACGAAAAGAGAUAUGCACAAUGCGACAACACGUGAUCAGAGCAACGCAACUGCUAAAGCAAAGAAAUUAUCAAAGACAAUUUCGUUUUGCGUAGAGGAAGGUUUACGAAGCUGUAGCAAGUGUUGAAGGAAGAUUUAGGCAAUUUUAGGAGCUCGUCUCUACAAUCAUUGCGCGCAACAAGAGGAUUAAAAUUGAAUCCCUUCGAUCAAAGUUCCUUGUGUUCCGUUCCAAACAAAUGAAGGGUGACUGACGUUAACAUGGUCCACUUAAUUUACAGCAUUACAAACGCACUUAGCGGAUGCAAUAAGGAAGAUCGACAAGUUCCUUCUUCGGAACCUUCAUUGCAAUGGAAGGAAUAACGAAUGUAUUAAAGCGUUUUAAUGAAACCCUUUCACUUUUUUUCGUUGACCAAUAAAAAAAACGUCAUCUUUUCUUCUCAUAUCCUCGAGAACAAAAUGAUAUUAGUCAGCAAAGAUAGGCACUUUCAGAAAUGUUGCCGUAAUUGUGGGAAAUUACGUACAGUAAUUGUAAAAUUACUCACGCACUGGAAAACUGGCAUAUGUUUCGGAUAAUGGGCAAGGAUAUGUUGAUGAGUGAGGAAUUGUUGUAAAAUGUGUAAAACUGAAUGAACAAUGGAAAUUAAGCAAAAGAGACAAAAUGUUAAAGCAACAUUUGUAACAUAAAGUUAUUCAGCUGUGAAACAACUGUAAGUUAUCGAAUGAAAUGGUUAAGUUUAGUUUUCAAUAAAAAAAUUAAGAAAAACAAA